CUCCUUCGUAAGACUGGUCCAUUUCUCUGGAAGUUUUCACAGAGUGGAGUAGAAACAGCAAUGCAUGCAGUACGACGUCACAGAGGCGAAAUCCGUAAGGAUGCAUUAUUGCACAGCACCUUCCUCAUCAUCAUCAUCCUGUGUUCAUAUGCAGACGCCUUCAGUGUGAUGGUACCAGCAAGGCGCUUGACAGCAGCCCGAGGACACUCUGUGGUUCUGGGCUGUAAGUUCUCACCUGAUUUUGGAGCAAACCCAGACCUUUCCAGCUUGGUGCUGACAUGGCAGAGGCAGGAGGAUAGCCGCGUGGUCCAUAGCUUCUAUUACGAGCAAGAUCAACUGGAGAAGCAAAGCUCUGCGUACCGGAACCGUACAGCGCUGUUCGUGACCGAGUUGAGCAAAGGAAACGCAUCCGUAAGGAUCGAGAAUGUCGGCGUUAACGAUGCAGGGCGCUACCUCUGCACCGUGAGCACGAAUCAGGGAACGGACAAAGCAGAGUUACAGCUGGACUACGGAGCUUUCUACACAGAGCCGAGGUUAACCAUCAGCGUGAACUCCUCGGGCGUGUUGGUCCAGUACGAGACGGAAGGAUUCCCCGCGCCAGUGGUGAUGUGGGAAGGAGAACAUGGCGAGAACCUCACCGAUCACAUUCAGACGUCCGUGCAAUCCAAUGAAGAGACGGGACUUUGUUACGUCAAAAGCAGUUACACGGCCCCGAACACUCCUCUCAGCUUAACCUUUAUUCUCGAAAACCAUCUGCUGCAUCAGUACCUGCAGAGGCCCGUCAGCUACACUGGUGGACAGAACUCCUGCUUUAACCAAGUUAUUGUGCCCGUGGUCGUUUCUUUUCUCUUCCUCGUGACUGCAGCGAUGUUGACUGGCUAUAUGAUCGCGAGAAGAAAUAAACUGAAAGACUGUUUCUUUAAAAAAGGCUGAGGCAAGUAUCAACGCCUAAGGUUAAGUCUAAAUAUAGUAACGUUGAUAAAUGCCAUAGCGUGAUGUUUUCUGAGAACACGUCCAGCAGUCUGGGUUUGUUGAAGGCACAUCUUCUUUCAGGUUGACAGAGUGGAGCUGGGAAAAAUGUUUGAUUAUCGCUUUUGAUUAUCAUUUUGCUUUAUUUUAUUUAAUUAGUAUCAAAACUGUACAUAGGUUUUUUGUGUCCUUUUUUGUGUAUAGUUUGUAGGGUUUGAUUGAAGAACAAGUUUUUUGAAUUUUGAUAAAACACCAGGUACCAUGACCUCAACAAACUGAGGGGAGAAAGAAAAAAAAAAAAAAAAAGUUUAGAACUUUUUGCCGUAUAAAUGAUCUGAGUGUACCUUCACGCACAUCAGUGUCUGAGCUCCGUGUAGCUCUCUAGCACGAGAUUCAUGAGUUCUUACCCGAGCCAACUUUCCGAGAAUCCUUGGCCGUUCACACACUGUCAGUAACAGCUUGUACAACCUGAUAAAGAUAAUCAAAAUGUCUGAAGGCCUCAUGAAGCUGGGAACUGCCUUGUUUGUCUUAAAUACUUGUGCACUUUAUGAAUCCUGGAAUGUCGAAGACUGCUUAAACGCACCUCAACAGACGUUUUACUUCUUUUUCUUCUUCUUCUUCUUCUUAUUAUUAUCAUUAUGCUGCUUUGUGCCUUCUUUAAGCAUUGAUGAGUGCUGCUCUGUGUGUAAUAAUAGAGGCUGCUAAAAUAGUUUAUAAACUGGGCUAGAAUUAUUUCAGGCAAUCAUUUUGAAAUGUUUCUGUCCUGGCAGUCUGACACUGGUGGUUUUGAAUCGAUCGGAGUACGGGAUUGAAGUACCAACGCAAAAGCACAUCCUUACCAUGUCUUUCUACAUGUGAGCAUAAGAUAUCCAUUGUUGGAGGAGUUGAGUUAUGUUGGUUAAAGGCAAAAUUCUAAAGUUUGAUGCUGAUUAAAGAGUUUAUUAAGUUAGGUUAUGAAUCAAGUAGGUCAGUUUGAGAAGAAUUAGGUCGGCUUUAGGGAAAUAACCCAAGCUAGAUGCAUUCCAGCUCGCAAAGGCUUUCUAGCUAACUUAUUUCUUCCAGAUUUUUAUGUAGGCAAUUGCCACACUGAAUUGUACUAAACCUCAUAGUCAAAUAUAUAUAUAUAUAUUAACUCUGCUCUCUAGCUGUUGAGAUCCUCUUGUGAAAUAAACCCCAUACUAUAUAUAUGCCAGUGAUUUGGAUCAAAAACUAACAGAAAUGUUGUCAGGUACAUUCCAUAAUAAUUCAUUACUAUUAUUAUUGGGGAUUAUUUUUUGGGCCAUAAAUUUGGUUCAAAACGAUCUGCACUACAGAUAUUUAGGAGAAAAAAAUUGUAUGUAUGUACAGUCAUGUAUAUAAUAGCUAAAACGGCUGAAAUGUACAAAACCAGUGUUAAAUCAAGAUGACAGUGCCUUACAACCCCCCAUCCACAAGCGGUGAUGGAAGUAUGGAGAAUGUGAAAGAACCCCUAUCAAACCCCCCCCCCCCCCCAGUCACAAGUUUACAGUGGCUUCUCUAAAGUCAUAUCCCAGAAGCGUUGAGAGAAAAGAAAACGACUAAACAAGGCAGUUACCUUUUACUGUCUCUGUUAUUCAGAGACUGUCUGUUAUUUUACUGUCUCUGUUAUACCUCAGUUACGUAAUCUGUUCCUUGUUUCCCAACAUGGACAUUAUACACGGAUCCUGUUUUAAAUUGGAUUACUUCCUGUUUGUUCUGUCUGCUCUGCUGAAUGAGAAUUGUUACUGUUUGUUACUUUCAUAUGUUUCCAUGAAAUUGUAAUGAUUUUUUUGCUGCCAAUCAUGUGUGUGUGUGUGUGUGUGUAUAUAUAUAUAUAUAUAUAGAGAGAGAGAGAGAGAGAGAGAGAGACAGUGUGAGAGAGAGACUUUAAAUAUGCCAAUAAGUUACUAACUGUAUUUCUAUUUACAUGUCUAAAUGCUAAAAAAAAUAAUUAUUCUUAGAAUUAGUCAAUAAAACUUCAUAUAAACAA